GAGGCUGCUCGAUGACGACGACAGACGUUUUUCGAGUGAACGACGGUUGGUUCGUGGAGUCACGCGACUGCAGUAAUCGAACUCUUCUCGGGUCUGAAGAGUAAACGAAAUAUUACGAAUUUAACCGUUUAUAUUAUACGAACGCAGUUUUCACCCAGAAUACCAUAUUAGAGAAACAUAAACGUACAUCACGUGGGUAGUUAGGCAGAUAGAGACUGCAUACAAGCAAAUGGGAAGAGAAGAUAGGAAGACAGGUCCUAACUUGAACAUGAGUCAAGGCUAUACGCACAAACUUCCCUACUAUCAGAGCAGUCAGCAACAGACCAAAGAACACGGCACCCAACAUCCAAUGAAUGAGAAGCAAACUCACAAAACUGCGCCCUCGUCCAGGUUUAGGCCUACCCUAGAGCUGUAUCAACCUCCAAGUAUUCGGAUACCUGAUGACGUAACGGGCUUCACGAAACAGAUAUCAGGAAAUAGUGGUCGCGUCGUGCAAAAUAACACGAAUAACAUGAAUACUCUCCUGGAGCCAGUUCCCCAGAAAACCAACAGCGGAGCUCUCAAAGUCCAUUUUCAAUCCAGCGAAAAUAAGACCUCGACUCACCGGUUUAGCGCCCUCAAGCGGUCGAAGAGUUUCGGAGGGUCUGAAGUAAUAGAAAUGGCUACUGCAGGAUUUGAUCGCAAUGAUUGCCCUAUUGAAUAUCAGGGACUAGUUAAAAAGGCUUUGCAAGCCACGUACUUGUACAAUGCUCGAGGAAAGGCCAAGAAAAGAAGAACAAACAAAUAUUACAAGUCUGAUUUCCACUCCCAAGUUCCACUAAUGGAGGUCGUUCGUGUCCUGUGUAACAAAGCUGUUCAAAGUGUUCAAAAUGCAGAACCUGCUGCUCAAAUGUGUUUCACAAUUAUUCUGAAAGACAAGAGUGAAACGUUUCUGGAAAGCCUUCUGAACUCGUGCCGGGAAUGGUACAAUGAACGGGACAAGUUAUUACGCUCUUCUCUGACGUCAUGUCACUCGGGGCCAGAUGGCACGGGAGAAACACCCAGAAGGUGGACAGCCUACAUUUUUUUCCUGACUGAACUUUUUCUACGUUUUAAAAGCCUUCAUCGUAACGUUAUCCAAACCAUGCCAUUCCAAGUUGGAGAUAAUGGAAGUUCUUCGACUCCCACACCUGCUAUAGAAGAUAGGUCCCUACCUUUGAUGAUGUUGAUUUUCGAGUGUUGUGAAAUCAUUUUGAAACCGCCAUCUUUAAACUGUUUGGCUGAGAUCGAGUGUAUUCGUUCUGUGCUGACCUCUGUUGGCCGUCAGUUGGAAAUCGACUCUCCACAGCGAAUGUAUCAGUUGAUUGCUUUAAUGCGCGAUGCCUUUAUCAGUCCGUCCGUUUUCGCUCGGGUUCGAAAAACUAUCUUAGAACUUGUGGAGUUGCACGCCAGCCAAUGGGAGCUGGACUUGCCGCAGACUAUGUAUUACUUCCCGUACACGAGCAUGAACCGGAAAUGACAUCUUUUUAUACGGAAGAGGGGUUUAAGUGAACUACACAGUGAAUACACAUGUAUAAGCGUUUGAUAUGAUAAACUUUGGUUCAGGAUGACUUGUUCUUCUUUCAAGAGCCAUUAAAAACAUAUGAAUUUAUGUUAGUUGACUCAUACAUGAAGAUAAGUGCUUAAACAUGUACGUAUGUUUACCGAGAUACAGUAAAAGUUUUAUUUAUAAUAA